AUGUCGUCAAACUCGACGGGCCAUCGAAUCCGUUUGGAUCAAUGCACAGAGGUCUCGGAGCUGUGUCCCGUCAAGGGAACCGUCCUAGGAUACUAUCCUAACCUCGGAUCAGGAAUCUUCUUCACCAUCGCAUUUGGAAUCUGUCUCAUCGCCGCCUUCUCGCUGGGCAUAAAGAGCAAAACGUGGACUUAUACAGCCGCCAUCACCAUUGGCCUGAUAUUAGAAACAGCAGGAUACGUCGGCCGCAUCCUCCUCCACUACAACCCCUGGAACGAAUCCGCCUUCGAGCUCCAAAUCUGCGCCAUCAUCCUCGCCCCAACAUUCAUCUGCGUAUCCAUCUACCUCACCCUCAAACACGUCGCCAUCCACCUCAACCCGUCCCUCUCCCGCAUCCCUCCCCAGUGGUACCCCCGAAUCUUCCUCCCCGCCGACCUCUCCUGCCUGAUCGUACAGGCCAUCGGGGGCGGAAUCGCCGCCGCCGCAGGCCACACGAAGCCCAAGCUCCAAAAGGACGGCAACCGCGCCAUCAUCGCCGGCGUCGUCCUCCAGGUGCUCGUCCUCGGGGCCUUCGGCAUCAUGGGUUCGGACUACUUCCUCCGCGCGCGGAAGCACAUGCGCAGCGACAAAGCUUCGCGGGAGGAGUUGGCGCUGUGGCGGGACGGCAAGUUCCGUGUGUUUGUGUUUGGGAUCGCGGGCGCGUAUGCUGCGGUGUUGAUUCGUUGCAUUUAUCGAAUUGCGGAAAUGGCUGGUGGUUGGGGCAAUGAGAUUAUGCAGGACGAGGUGAGUUUCCUUGUCCUGGAUAGCUCGCUCAUGGUUGUGACGGUUUACUUGCUUACAAUUUUCCAUCCGGGUCUUUUCUUCCCGCAAAUGGUGAAUGGGUACAGCAAGAGGAACAACACCGCUGCUGCGGCUGUUUCUGAUGCGGAGAGUUCAGAGACAAAGACCGAGUCUCCUGAUUUGGUAAACAACAGCCAAAAGACUGAGCUUAGUAGUUGA